AUGACCAAGAUCCUAGCCGUCUUCGGCGCGACCGGCCAGCAAGGCAGUUCCGUCGUCGACUUUGUGCUCAACGACCCGGAACUGUCCAAGCAAUACGAGAUCCGCGCCAUCACCCGCAGGCUAGACUCGGAGAAGGCGCUGGCACUCCAGCAGAAGGUCCGUGUCGUCCAGGGCGACGUGCUCGACCGGGCCUCCCUCGAGGCGGCCCUGGCCGGCGUGCACGUCGUCUUCGUCAUGACCAACCCGUCCUUCACGCCCGGCGGGGUAGAGGUCGAGUUCAGCAGCGCCAAGGCCGUCGCCGACGUCGCCGUCGAGAUGGGCGCCGAGUACAUCAUCUUCAGCACCAUGCCGCCGGUCCCGGAGAGGGCGCGCGGCCGCUUCCCCGAGGAGGUCGUCUCCUUUGACGCCAAGAUGAAGGCGGAGAAGUACAUACGGAGCUUGCCAGUCAAGAGCGCGUUCUUCGCGCCGGCCUUCUUCAUGGAGAACUUUCAGCCUCCGAGCUACUAUGGACCGCAGCGCCUCCCGGACGGCACCUGGGCUUUGCAGCGCCUGAACUCCUCCAGGAGCCGGAUGCCGCUGAUUGAUGCGGUCGGGGACACUGGCAAGUUCAUCGGCGCUAUUCUAGCACAGCCGGACAAGUACCACGGCAAGACCUUCUGCGCCGCCGGUGGGAUUUACACCGGCGACGAGAUGGCUGCCAUCAUGUCCAAAGCCACAGGCAAGACGAUCGUCUGCAAGCAGAUCACCAGCGACGAGUUCAGGAAAGCUCUGCCGCAUGCGACAGAUGACCAUGUGAAGGUGAUAGAGGCGCUCAGCUACGGGGAGGAGUUUGACUACUGGGGACCGGAUACGAAAGAGCUGGUGGCUUGGGCUGCGGAGAAUGCUCGAGGGAGACCCUCUACUUUGGAGGAAUACCUGGAAGCGCAUCCCAUCAAUCUCGAUUAG